AUGGGAACAUCCUUCUACAAUUUGGUGCAUCCUGCUGACAUAGAAGCUGUGGCGGCUUCGAUGCGCGAAUUACUCUCCAAAGGUCAUACAAAAACACCAUACUAUAGACUGAUUGGUGCUGCCAAAACGGUCUUGUGGGUUCAGACCGAAGCAACCACUGUUAAUCAUACAUCAAAAGGUCACAAAGGGCAAUAUGUCAUCUGCAUACAUGAACUGCUCGGGUAUGUUCCAUCUUUGGAAGUUAAUUCAUCCUAUUUCCAUAAGAAAUUCAAAUAUUGCCGGUGUCAUAUCGAUAAGGCUCUUCUAGAUUUGACAGCAGUUCGCUUUCUUUCUGUACUAGAAUCAGACUUCAUUCCGAACAAAUUUAAAUUUAGAUUGAAUGGUGUCAUAUAUGUGUGUGUGUUCAUUAUGAAUUUUGCAUAA